AUGAUUAAGAAGGCCAAACAGGAGUACAUAAAAAAGCUGGCAGAGCUGAGGGCCAGCAACCCUAAAAUUCCGAUGGCCAGCUUUCUGGACCAGAUCUCCACCAUUAGUCACAACAUUGGUGCUCCCCUCUUGACCUCCACCCCUAUUGAGCCUGAAGAGCCAUCCACCAUUCCUGAAACUCAAUGUUCAGACGCCCGAGGAGAGGAAGAACAAGAUGAGGACCCACACCCCAGCACUUCGCAGUCAUCCUCAGCCACAAACAUGCCGUCUUCUAUAUGCACAAACUCAUUGUGCAUAAAGGAGAAGGCAAUCAUGCGGGACGAGAUCAAGAGGCUUACCGACCAGCUGAAGCGUAGCGGAGGGGAGUGUCGGAACACAUCAUGCGUUGCCAAAGCUGCCGAGUUGCAGAAGUAUGCUGCUAUGUUUAUUGCCAGCCCUCACCUCAAAGCUUGCAAAAAGUUUUCCCGGAAGGACACUUUUAGUAAGGCACACAAUCCUAAGUAUGAAAAAGUCCUACAGCAGUUCCUCAAAUUCACUGUGGGAUGCAACCCCUCAUCCAAGAAGUCUGAGAAUGUGAAGACCGCUAUAUCCCAUGUCAGGAGGUUUCUCAUUUACUCCGGGGAAGGCAAACUCCUGAGAGGGAAUUUUGGCUUUUUGAAGGAUUCCUCCAGCAUUGCCAAGUGGGUGGAUGUCCUUCGCGAAGAUGGCUUCAAACCCACCACAAUGCGGAUCCAGCUACUGAACAUAAAAAAGUUCUUCAAGUAUAUCCUACACAUGUCCCAAAAAGAAACAAGGCUUAGCGGUCUGGACUUCCGGAAGCUGUUUAUGGAGCUGGAUGCGCGCAUCAAGGACCUGUCAAGCUCCGUGAUCACACACCGCCAGAAAAUCCGGAAGAGCCAAUCCCAUCACAUCGUGCCAAAGGAGGACACAAAACGCUUCCGAAAAGGUGUUAGGCGUGUUCUGCCGAAGAAGCUCAAAACUUUGGAGAGCAACCCGUCCUGGGAGAUUUUGGAUCAGGUGUAUGGAAUGCUGGUGGGUUACUUUGUCAGUGUCAGUGGACAUCGGAAAGGCGUCCUGCAAAAUUUGAAGGUGUCCGAGGUAAUGGACGCAGACGUCGAGGGGGACCACGUCGUUGUGGAAGUCAGCAAACACAAAUCGGCGAGUACAUACGGACAUGCCCAGUUGGCCAUGAACCAUGAGGAGUAUUCCUGGUUCACGAAACUGGUGUCUCUCCGUGAUUUCUUUGCAGGGGGGGAUUCUGAACAUUUUUUUUUAACCGUUCCGGAGGGGUUUGCAGCAGGCUGCUGCCACUUUUCCAAAUGGAAUGGAAGAGGAUGGGGUUCGGAGGUCAGUUCACCUUUAAGAACUUCAGAACCUCCAUGGUCCAUUAUAACAAGCACAAGAGCCCCAAGAAGAAGCAGCUCAUCCACCGUGCUAUGUGCCACUCUGAGGACGUGGCCUCCAGGUUCUACACAACCCUGA